CUUCCUUCCUUCCUUCCUGCCAUCGCAUCACAUCACGCCACGCCACGCCACGAUGCUUUACCUCCUCGACUAUGGCGCAGGUAACGUGCGCAGCCUGGCCAACUCGAUCCGCAAGCUAGGCUACGACUUUGAGUGGGUUCGCCACCCCGAUGACCUCAAGAAAGCCAGCAAACUCCUCUUCCCCGGCGUCGGCGCCUUUGGCCAAGCGCUCACUUCCCUCCGCACGCAAGGCUACGCCGAGCCCCUCAAAGAAUACAUUGCCUCUGGUCGCCCAUACAUGGGCAUCUGCAUAGGCAUGCAAGCCCUCUUCGAGUCCUCCUCCGAAGCGCCCGGCAUCCAAGGCCUCGCCGUCCUCCCAGGAAGGGUGGAGCGAUUCGACAGCGAGAAGAAGACGGUCCCACACAUGGGCUGGAAUAGGGCGAGACCGGUGCGAAAGAGCGCCGAGGCGUAUGGUCUGCCCGUGAGCGGCGGAGGCGGCGAGGCGGAGGAGGAGCACGCCGAGUCACGCCGCCACUUCUACUUUGUCCACUCGUACCGCGUGGCCUUUGACCCUCAGCUUCACUCUAGCUGCGCCCUCUCCACAACGCAGUACGGCAACGAAGUCUACCUCUCGGCCGUGCAACAGGGCAACGUCUUUGCUACGCAAUUCCACCCAGAGAAGAGCGGGCGUGCCGGUCUCGACGUGCUCAGGGCUUGGCUCGAGCUCCCUGGCGGGCCGAGCGAGCGAGCAGCAGCAGCAGCAGCGCAGCCAGACGACUGGCUCCUCUCACCCACGCAAGCCGCAAUCCCACGCAAAAAGGACGGCCUAACAAAACGAAUCGUCGCCUGCCUAGACGUGCGCUCCAACGACGCGGGCGACCUCGUAGUCACAAAGGGCGAGUCCUACGACGUGCGAGAAAAGGCCACGACCAGCGGCGCCUCCUCCUCUUCGGGCGGGGACGUUCGUAAUCUGGGCAAGCCAGUCGACCUCGCAUUGCGCUACUACCUCUCUGGAGCGGACGAAGUCACUUUUCUCAACAUCACCUCCUUCCGCUCUUCCGCGCUACGGGAUCAGCCCAUGCUCCGCAUGACCGAGCUAGCCGCCGCGAGCAUCUUUGUCCCCCUGACCAUCGGCGGCGGAAUAAAGGACACAGUCGAUCCAGACGGGACGGGGCGGAGUGCAAAGGAGGUGGCAGAGGCCUACUUCCGGGCUGGGGCGGAUAAGGUCAGUAUUGGUAGCGAGGCGGUUAGUGCUGUUGAGGGUCUGCUUGCCAGCUUGCCAGAGGGUGAAUACGACCCGGCCAAGGCGCCCAAGACGGCUCUGACGGGUGGGACAGGGAUUGAGCAGAUUUCGCGAAAUUACGGAGCACAAGCAGUGGUGGUUAGCAUUGACCCACGCAGGGUGUACCUCUCAGAGGGGGAAGAAGUGCCCGCCGCACACGCCUGGUCUCUCGUCUCCUCCGCAGAGGGACAACGCUGGUGGUACGCCUGCACGACCAAGGGCGGUCGUGAGACGCGCGACGUGGAUGUCGUCCAACUAGCGCGUGGCGUCGAGCUCCUCGGGGCUGGAGAGCUUCUCGUCAACUCGAUAGACGCGGAUGGUCAGGGUAAAGGGUUCGACCGCGAUCUCAUCGAGCUGGUACGACGUUACACCUCUGUACCCGUAAUCGCCUCCUCUGGGGCGGGGAAGGCUGCCCACUUUGAGGAGAUCUUCAGCCCUGCGCCACGUCGAGAGGGGUGGAAGCAGGGGAGCGUCGAGGCUGCUCUUGCUGCGGGGAUUUUCCAUCGUGGGGAGGUGGCCAUUGACGAGGUUAAGGAGGCUUGUGAGGGGGCAGGGCUGGUGGUUAGGAGGGAACACGAUUUGGAGAAGAAGGGGACGACGGGUGUCGUGCUCGAGGAGAAGGGGGAUGCCGUUAAGCCCGGAGAGAGGGAUGCUGUACUGGCGUAGAGGUGCGCGUGAAGGGAAUAGAGAUUUGUGCAUGCAACGCGGAGAGGUGAGGGUGAGAGAAAUGAAGAUGGGGACGCGCGGGGGAGGCUACUUGCGUCUUGCGCUGCCUCGUCGUG